ACUGUAUCGGUACUGCAGCUGGUGCCAGUGUGGAACUUGUUCACUGGCCCAUGCCACUCGUUAUUAUGUGCGAGUCGACUGAUCAGUAAUUUUAUUGUAAGUGCGUUCUGUUUCGACGCGUGGGACGCGUCGUGCGAAGUGACAGGAGGCUGCGAUCGUGAAUCAUCAUCGAAGCAACGCGCCGACCGAUCCGUUCUCGAUGCGUCGAGCGACUCUGCGAGAAGAUUAACAGAGGCAAUGGGUGCAACGCCGAGUCGCUAUGAAGAUCUCUCCAAGAAUGUGCACCUGGGUAGAUUCUGCGGGAAGCAAAGCAUACCCGCGAAUGACCCGUUCUGGAGUACGUUUCUGUCUUACAACGUACGACCACCCAUUACGAGGAACGAUCAGAUAGAACUGGACUCCCGGUUAGAUUCGUCGUGCCAACAAUUGCUCGUUAAUAAUUUGGUCACUGGCAACUUUGGUACCCUGAUACAAAUAGCACUGAUACGGAUCAAUGAGCUACUGGCGCCUGUACAAAAUCAAAAUAUAAUAUCGGCAUGGCAAACGUACAAUGCAUUGUUCGCUGUAAGGUGUAUUUUGAAGUAUCUCAUUGAGAUCGUUGGCGAAGAGCAGAUGCUGAAUCACAUUGAAGCACCGCAAUCGGCAAGUGAGGCACUUCCUACUUAUAGAUUGGCAUAUUUUAUUGAGGCGCUGAUAGAACUUAUUACGGAUGUACCUUUAUGUGAAUUUACGUACGUCGUUCACUUGGAGGCGAUUAAUUGUUUGCUCGUGCUGCUCUCGGUGCAGUUAUUUUCUCAAACCGCGGCCGAAUACAGCUCGAUAUACAGGAUAGCGAUGCACGCGCAUCUGAAUCAGCAUGCACCCGUUAUGGUGUGCACACUGUUGCACAAUUUUAUCCAGCAGGAACACGCUCCGCCGGGAUUACUGACGCAGCAGUCCGGUGGUAGUAUUGUAUUCAGUAUUGCCGCCGGGUUGUGGAACGUAAUAAGAAUGGGCAUAGGUAGUAGCUCGAAAAAUAUACAGGUUACGCAUAACGGCACUGCUGAGGAUGAGGAGAAAAAACGCGAUACGGAAACUCCGCUCGCUAGUCAAUCUCUAUUACUUUUACUGGUUCUGACGAAUCACUGUACCGCUACGCAGAAUCCAUAUAGGAACGCGCUUUUCUCUUUUGUCGAUAUGCAAGAAGAUGUUACUGUAUCGCAGGGGAAAGCUGAUACCUUCAAAUUUAAUUUAAAUAAAUUAUAUAAUACCAUUUGUAAGAUACCAAAUACCGACGAGGUCACGCUUCUACUCUACAUGCUGUUACAUAGAAACUCGAGUGUGAAACAGGACAUAAUGAGAAGGCCUGACAUACAAUUGUUGGUAACACCGAUACUACAAAUAUUAUAUCAUGCACCGAACAAUACAUCCCACCAUAUUUAUAUGUCCCUCAUUAUUUUGCUAAUUUUAAGCGAAGAUGAAACGUUUAACAAACGAAUACACGAAAUUAUGCUUAAAGGUGUAACAUGGUACACCGAGAGAUCCAUUAGCGAAAUAUCCUUAGGUGGUCUUUUAAUCCUCGUUGUGAUUCGCACGAUACAAUAUAAUAUGUUUAAAAUGAGAGACAAAUAUCUUCAUACAAAUUGUCUGGCUGCUUUAGCGAACAUGUCUGCCCAAUUCACAUCCCUACACCCUUACGUUAGCCAGAGGCUGUUAAGUCUGUUUGAAACUCUUGCAAAAAAGCAUGCGCGAUUGGAAGCAAGAAUUCUAGAGAUGACACAGUCGACAACUCUUUCUCCCAAAAAUAGCCUUGUUGAUACGGCUAUUAAUACGACUAUUAAUGUAACAAUUGAUGCUGAUACUGGAAAAUGUAAUGCUUCCGCUGUUAACACUGUUUCACACCAAGAAUUGAUUCAAGACUUGACUAUACUUGAGGAGGUCUUACGGAUGGUGCUAGAAAUUAUAAAUAGUUGUUUAACCCAUAGGAUCGCGCACAAUCCGAAUUUAAUUUACACUCUGCUAUAUAAAAAGGAUGUCUUUCAACCGUUUAGAACACAUUCUGCUUUUCAAGAUAUUGUACAAAAUAUUGAUUCUGUAAUUAACUUUUUCUCUUAUAAACUGGAACAAAAAGAUCAAUCGCAAUUAGGUGUUAGUCAAGUAUUAGCCACUAUACGGCAAGGAACUUCAGAAUGGCCGAGAGACCGUUUAAGAAAAUUCCCGGAGUUAAAGUUCAAGUAUGUAGAAGAAGAACAACCGGAAGAAUUCUUCAUUCCUUAUGUGUGGAGUGUUGUUUGCCAAGGAGCGUUGUUACAUUGGAAUGCGGAGAAUAUAAAAUUAUUUUCUCCCAAUAAUAGCGAAGCAACCAUCAUUGUUUGCUGAUAUUGAGAUGAGGAGUGCAUUCUGCUAUGAAUAUUCAAAGCGAUAACAGGUCGAUAUGUAAAACUAUAAGUUUAUAAUAGAAAAAUUGUCAAAACCAAAAGCAUAAAUAUUUUUUUUUGAAUGGAUGAACAUGGAAAUUUUAAGAACCAAGAGAAAAAUGGAAAUGUAUACAGCAAAGAGAGUAUAAUGUAUGACGUCAACUAUAACUAUUAUAUGAUAAAGUACACCUUUUGUAAUAAUAGGAUACAUCGUCUGGAACAUUUCUUUUUGUCAUGUCAUUUCCUUGUGCAAUCAUUUUAAUAUUUAUUAUGAAAUCGAACGGAAUUGAAAAUUUAACUUAAAUAUCACUUUUUCAUUUUCAUGUUACACUUUAUGAGAUAAAAGACUCACGAUAAGUGUUUUAUAUCUUUGAAAAUGAAAUUUUGUAACUUCUGCAAUUUUGUUACAUAUAAAUGAUGUAAUAAUAUAUACCAAAAUGAAUGCAGUUAUUGCAUUUCGAUGGGACUGGUUAAAGUUAUUGUAUUAUUUACGUUACGAAUGCUGUUACUGGGGACAAUGUAAUUUUAUGUUAUUAAAGAUAUAUAUUAAUAUAUGCAUAAGAAAUUACAAACUUCACAAAUAAUAUAAUUUAUAAAUGCCUGUAAUUUCAAAACUAAAUUUUCUUGUAAUCUCAUAAAAACUAUACUGAGAAAAUAUAUACUGAUUCACAGUAUUUUUUAGCGCAAAAACGUAAAAUUAACGAGGCUUUAGUGAAUUACAUCUGGUAGCCUAAUCAAAGUAGCCUGCAAUUUUAGUUUCAAUCGUGUAUCAUAUUCAAUCUGCAAUAUUGUAAAUAAUUAUCGAGAGAAAAUUCGGUUUCCAUUCGUUUAAUUUAAAACGUUGCAAUAUAAUAUUUGUAUAGUUCUGUUAUUCACGCUGUAUAUGUGCAAAUAAUUUUUAUUUAAUAUACAUAUACAUCAAUAAAAACUUUGAUACUUAUAAA